GGCGGCUCGAAACGUCGCCUCGGUUCCGCGGUUCGGUUCGGUAAACGUGCUUCGCCACAAACAGACCCGCCACACUCGCUCGCGAUCACCUGGAUCACUGCUCGUGCUGGCAGCACUGCCGCCGCUACGCCUGGUGCUGUUCUAAAAGCGUGCGCGAUAUUGCGUAAAGGCGUCGAAAAUUGAUGAAACCAACAGCAACCCAAACCAGACCGCGGGAAGCGCAGUGUGGCGGGCCGUUUGUGUGAAGCGUCGUGAGCCGAAAACAGUAAAUCCCGCGGACGCGAUCGCCGUUCCGUGUGUUUACCGUUUGACAGACAAUUGUGCGUCCUGUUACCGGGGUAUCCAGCCGUUGCAGUCGUUGUCGUUCCUCACUAAACCGAUGCACACCACCAUCAGGCACCGCCGAAAAACAAUGAGUCCUCUUCACCUGCUGAUCGCCCUGUGCUCUUGUUACGGUCUCGCGGCGCCCGCGUUGGCCCAGCACAUCGAGACCGUACCGUCGUCGAUGACGUACUACAAGCUGCGAGAGAAGAACGUCGAUUUGCUGUGCCGAGCUGAUAAACCGAUCGAAUGGUGCCACGUCCGGUUACCCGGCUUCCCCGACAGCCCACCGGAAGGGUUCGAUGUGACCGCCCUGCCCGAUGGUGUCACCUACUACGGCGAGGGUCUCCCUCGGGGCGAGUGUGGCGUCCGCUUAGCCACGGCACGCUCCGAUCGGAUAGGAAAGUUCGUCUGCCUGCUGACGAUCGGUGGCCAGCAGCACGAGGCGGCCAUCGAGUACGGUAUCCGGAUUGCGCCGCAACCGACGGGGCUGAAAAUCUCCAAACAAACCGAUUUCGUCGACGGUGGGAUCCGCGCGAACCAGCUCGUGAAGGCACGCUGUGUGUCCCGCCAGGGGCUGCCGGCUGCGAAUCUGACCUGGUUCCUGGACGACAGACCGCUCGAUGCGUCACUGUUGAAACCGCUCGAGAUCACGCACGAACUGGUGAACGAUCAGUUACUGCAGACGGUCCAGCAGGAUGUGCACAUCUUCGUAACGCCGAAAGACAACGGCAAGAUGCUUAUCUGCGAAGCGCAACACUACGCCCUGCCCAAGAACGUCCAGCGGAUCCUGCUGCCACUCAACGUGAAGUUUGCACCGGAAGAAAUUCCUCACAUCCACAUCGACGAGCUGCCAGCGACCGGAAGCGCGGCGGUCAACAUUACGAUCCACGCCAAUCCGCAGCCAACGACGCGGUGGAAGGUGAACGGGCGUCUGGUGAAGGAAGGCGAAACGGUUGACAUCUACCAAGCGUACAUCCCACGGCAAACAGGCGCCGGCGAGUAUAUGGUGCUGCUGAAGAACAACGACUGCUCCCAGGAACGGGCGUCACUGUUUACGCUUGAGGCCUCGAAUGCGCUCGGCACGCAAAGCUACGUCAUCCGGGCGCUAAAGGUGGACGAGGAGGGUGUGCCGGUGGAUAAUCGUGUCCAGGACGACGACGACAGCAGCGGCGCCACCUUCUGGCUGAUCAGCGUGUGGACAUUCUUCUGCUCUGUGAUAGCGACACGUCUGUUGUGAAUCCAAUUGUCCUAACCCGGGGGUGUAUCUUGGGGCUUCUGGGGACUUUCGGGUGCUUCCAGGAGCUCGGUGGCCGCAGCUUUGAGAAUGCUUUCAAACUUCUGCCCAGCCCACCACGGGGUGAAGGGUGCUGGUGGUUGGUUGGUUGAUUGGGCUUUUAGGCUUUUGAAAGUAUUCUCAAAGCGGACCUCCCGUGGGUCGCUCCGGUCGCUCCGGGUCGCUCCGGGUCGCUCCGUAUGUAAAUGGCUUCCAAGCUGUACAACCACGCGAUCCUUCCUUCGUGUCAUAGUUCCUCCACCGAAAGUAUUGAAAAUCAACCCUCAGCAAUGAACGGGAAGGAGAAAUCUCGCGCCAGGCAUUCAGAUUUCAUUGGGAUUAGAGUCCCAGAAACUGCUUAACCAAAUUAUUUUACCAUUUCUUUAGAGUAAUCGCUGCCCGCGGUGUAGCGAUGAGCGUGUACAGUGAAGAAAAAAAAGCGAAAGUAACAGCGAAGUAAUGAACAAUUGACAAAACGUGAAGACGACGACGACGAUUGGCACCAUCGAUGACCGAUGACCAUCGAAGUAUCGAUGUGACCGCAUUUAGGAGAGCAGAGAGAGAGGGAGAGCUAUCGGAAGCCCGUAAGGUGUGCGCGGCCAAUGUAUUACAAUAUUUAUUUAUUUCGUAUUAACUCUCUACGGGGUAACUGACGAUGCUUUAACAAAUACGUUAGUUAAUAGUAAACCAGUUUAGUGUUUUAUUGUGCCCGCCUAAGA